AUGAGAUUAGAUAAAAAUGAAACAAUUGAUAAAGAUCUACAACAAGAAAUUUCUAAAGAAAGAGAAUCUAAUGAGAAACUAUAUCAAGAAAGUAAUGGAAACUUUUUAGGGUUAAUUGAAAUGAUUGCUGAAUUUGACGUUGUGAUGCAAGAUCAUAUUAGACACAUUCAAAAUCAUGAAAUUCAUCAUCAUUAUCUUGGUCAUAAAAUUCAAAAUGAGUUGAUUUCUAUUUUAGCUGAUAAUGCAUUUGAUCUUAAUAUUGAAAAUAUUAGAGGUCAAGAUAAUGGUUCUAAUAUGAAAAAAAAAUACCAAGGAAUUCAAAAGAGAUUUCUUGAAAUAAACCCAAGAGCAUUAUACAUGUCAUGCGCUUGUCAUAGUCUUAAUUUGACUCUUAGUGAUAUUAAGAAAUUACAAUCAAAAUCUAUGUGCAUUGAUUUUUCUAUUAAACAAUUAAAUGGUGUAAUAUCAUAUUUUGAAAAGUAUAGGAACGAUAGUUUUGCAACAAAUGUUGAGUUAGAUGAUUUGUUUACAGAAUUAAAAAUAUUACAACCGAUUUUACCAAAUGAGAUAAUGUCGGCAGUUGAUAUUCUUAAUUUUGUAAAAAAUAUAAAUUGUUAUCCAAAUGUUGCAAUUGUUUAUAGAAUAUUGUUGAAUAUUCCUGUAAUUGUAGGAUAA